AUUAUAACCACUUCUUCCUUACAGGUCUGUCGUAGUCAUACAAUAAUUCUACAAGAAGGUGCCGGCAACCUUGGUCCUACAUUGUACAGCCCGACAAGAACACAUACAUACUUCCAGACUCCCAUUCUACUGCAUUAGACCCCGUUAAUAGCUGUGGUGCUUGAGAAAAUGACUGAUAAUAUAAUCACACAAGUGUCUCAGGACAACAACUUUGAUAGCAUUCCACAACCUUACGAUGAAACUCUGGCAAUCGAUUACAAUUCCAAGAUCCACUUGAAUAUACGUGGCAUCAGUUUUACUAUAACAAGAGAUGAAUUAAUGAAUUUACCCGAAAGUAUAUUAUUGUGCUUAUUUCCUAACGGAGUUUUUUUGGAUUCCCGGGGCCAGGUGAUAACAAACUUGACAGAGGAAGAUAUUGUCUAUGUCGGUUUCGAUCCACAGUGUUUCCAGUAUAUUACAGAUACAUUUAACGAUGCCCACCUUGAGUUGGAUAGGCUUUCGUCUAUAUCUCCGCAAUCUACCGGUAUGAAGUAUCUGAAUGAUGCGUUGCACGUAUUAAACACCAAGCCAGCUAUCAUAGUGUUGAGAGAAGACCUUGACUACUACGUGGUGCCUCCGAUUCCAGGCUUGAAUGAAGAAUCCAUGAGAUUUCUCAAGAUCGAAGUCAGUAAGCAUUUAUUGAAAAGCACGUUUGUUUUUUCGGGUUUGGGAUACGAUGUUCACCUGCCUCAGUCUGAAGCCAGUUUGGGCCCAGCAGAAAAGCACUUGUUCGAGAUGUUGUGUUCUUCUGGAUUCGACCCCACCAGUUUAUGGGGAAGCAGAUCAAUGGAACCCUCCAAAUGUUUGUUACUUUCAUUACUGUUGGUGAGAUUGAAAAACCACCCGGACCCAACUCCUCCCGAGUCUCCCAAUCUUGUUCCAGUGACUUCAAAUGCUUCUACGACUUCUCGAUCCAGAUCCAGAAUAGCCAGUUUGGCUAAUAGUGCCUCCAGAGCUGCUUCAAGAUCGUUGUCGAGAAAGCGAAACGAUCACAGUAACAAUAACAAAUUACUUCUUUUCUGGAAGAAGCCUGCCAGAAAAUGCUGGUGGUCUCAUGAAUCUGUUGACAUUCCUAUCACCGCACCCCACUUAUUCCCUAAUUAUGGUGAAAAAAGCAUGACUGUUAAGGUCCACAUGAGAAGAGUAUGGACCCUUGAAUUGUCGGUGGUAGGUGUGCAGUGAGCUAUACCACAUUUUUGAUUAUUUGUUUCCGGCAGGCUGUCUACCUUGUAUAAUUAGCUACAAAAGAUCAUUUUUAAUUGUAAUUCCACUAAUCGUAGUUG